AUGCCUCUCGGAAUACACAACCCGCUGCCGUCGUCGUUAUCAAGCGAAUGUAAGAAGGCGGGCAAGAUUCUUGCUUCCUUUAUCGAUCCAAGACAAGCUUUCGGUCCUGAUAAGAUUAUUCCUCCUGAAAUUCUGGCUGGUGCCAAGGGUCUCGCUAUUCUUACUGUUCUGAAAGCUGGCUUUCUCGGUUCGGCUCGGUUCGGCUCAGGGAUAGUCGUCGCUCGUCUGGCCGAUGGCACAUGGUCGGCACCUUCGGCUAUUGCGACCGCUGGUGCUGGGUUCGGAGGUCAAAUUGGAUUUGAGUUGACUGAUUUCGUUUUCAUUUUGAACGAUGCAGCAGCAGUGCGAACGUUCUCGCAGGUUGGAACUUUGACUUUGGGUGGAAACGUGUCAAUCGCCGCAGGGCCGGUGGGAAGAAAUGCGGAGGCUGCGGGCGCAGCAAGCACAAAGGGCGUCGCAGCGGUGUUCUCCUACUCGAAAACUAAAGGUCUAUUUGCCGGUGUCAGUUUGGAAGGAAGCAUGUUGGUUGAAAGGAAGGAUGCCAAUGAGAAGAUGUACAAUAGUCGAGUGUCGGCGCGUCAACUCCUCAGCGGUACUAUCCGACCUCCCCCCGCUGCGGACCCUCUUCUUCGGGUGCUGAACUCCCGUGCAUUCUACGGCAAUGGCAGAGGCAACGGAGACGCCAUGUACAACGAUAUUCCAGUCUACGAUGACAGACAUGACGACGUUGUUUGGGAAGGCCGAAGGGGCGAGGCAUACGGUGAAGGGGUCCGGCGUGACCGCGGCGGUUUUAAUGGUGGCGAUGACUACGAGUACCGCGACCAGCCUCGUCGCGCGAAUACGUGGGCAGACGACGUUUACGAUCGGCCCGCUGGAGGUUUGGGCCGCUCCUCGACUAACAGCCAGGCCGAUGCUUUCGACAGAUACGGUGGCCGCAGUCGAAGCAACACUGCUCCAUUUGAGGAAGAUUACGUCUACUCCGACCGCAAGCCUAGCCGGCCAACGGCACCCAAACCUGUUUUCGGACAGCGCACAGGGCAAAGUGCCCCUCUGCGGGCAGAUCAGGCCAUCGCAUUGUACACAUUUGAUGCUGAUCAAGAAGGAGACUUGGGCUUCAAGAAGGGAGACAUUAUAACGAUCUUGAAGCGCACGGACAAGGCAGAAGAUUGGUGGACAGGGCGGAUUGGCGACCGGGUCGGCAUCUUCCCCAGUGACCCGAGUCAUCAUGUCACGGAAGCCAUUGGUCAUAUGUACGAAGACGAUUACGACAGGCGGGAGUCCAAACGUCUCAGCUUUCUUUCUUCCCCACUCAGCGAAUCCAUCUCCAUAAUCCCUCCCAGCCUCGCCGGAUCCGAAGACGACUCCUCACCGCAGUCGCUGCAUGUACAAAAUCGCUUGAACGCCGAGGACAAUCGCCCGGCAAAUGGACACUCACGGCCGCCGCUGGUUCCUUCCAAGUCCUUUGAUCGGGACAGCAGCAGCCCGACGUCUCCCGGCUCGACGGACACAGCCACCACCUCCUUCCCUCUUAACGAUAUCGACUACGAAUCCGAUCCUGCUGCCGUGGCCCAGGAGCUCAGUAAUCUAGCUGCUAUCCGGCGGAUGUCCAUGGACGUGACAGCAACAGGAGAUCCCGACCUUCCAAGUUUCUCUGUACCGUCAAUAGCUCCCUCUUCCUCUGCCGACGAAAAUGACGCCUCUCGUUUAUUCUGGGUUCCAGCUCGGUUGCAUCCGGAACUGGCUCCCAAGGAGUUCAAAUCCUUCCUCGAAAGUAAGACGGAACAGAUCAGACGAAAAUCGGGCGAAUUCUCCCCAUCGGGCUUCGAACGCGAUGGGGCGGGCGGGUCGCUUCGGCGGAAAAAGUCCAUGUUGUCCAGACAGAUUGACACCUCCCAGGGUUACACGGAUGGGGCGGAGCGCCUCGAGCGGAAACGAUCGCAGUCGAAGAACAACUCUCUUAGCCCGAAUCUGCUUCAGCUUGAAUCGUUAGUCGAUGACUCCAAGCAGCAAACCCCGAGUGCCGCGUCUUUUUUGGACGGAGUUCAGAAACUCGCCAUAUCCACGGAGGAAGAUAUCCCAAUCCUCCCUCCCGCACCCCCCGGGCACAGUCUCCGCCGCUCUACCCGAACACAGUACAGGAAAGCCGGUAGUUUGAGGAAAGGCGAAAAGGUUCCCUACUCAAAACGAAUUGGUAAAGCACCCGACGCGAAUGACCGAGUCCCUUCAAUCACCACUUCAUCUGCGGACGAACCCUCCCCAGGUCUCACGCGAGUGGCCACCGAUCCAACGCCUAGCACAAGGCGCGUGCAGGCCGAGCCGCAGUACACACCUCAGACCGCUGUCAGCUCUUCUGCACAGGUUGAGAAUAACAGGGCGAACGGCUGGUUGGAAACAGAUCCUGGAGACAGGGCGAAUGUGCCUUCCCAGGCACGCCAUUUGUGGCACUCUCGUAUCAGCUCCAAUGGCCGCUCGACCUUGAAUAUCCCGCCCACCGAACAGAGGGUGCCAGAAAUUGUCGAGACGCCCCCGGUCGAAUCUCCGACAACUCCCACGACACCCACUUACCAUCAUAGUUACAGUUCGGGGCGGGAGGCACAGCACGAUGCGCCGCCGGCACUGCCUUCAAAAGAUUCACCUCUUCGAGAUCCGAAUACAACCAAACGAUCCGGAGCCGCGCGGCAGUCGGGGAAGGAGAGCUCGAAAACUCUCAAUGACUUUGCGAAUAACCCACAACCACUUCCGGGAAAUACAACACGAACGGACAGCCUCUCAUUCAUUCCUACAGUAUCGGAAGACCGGAAGCCCGAAACCAAAAAGUCCAAGGACAAGAAAGAUUCGGAGGGUGGCCGCAAGUCGAGUUGGCACUGGUUGCUGGGCUCUGAGGAGAAAGAGAAGGAUAAAGACAAGGAAAGGAGAAAAGACAAGGACACCGAUUCGAAGAAAAGUAAAUCGAAGUCGGCGGAUAAGGUACAUGAACCUGCACACCUUACCUCAUCCAACGAUAUUAGUCCGCGCGGGCGCGAAAGUAUCGCCGUGGAUCGGCUCGACCCUAAACUGGAGGAGGAGCGUCGGAAAGACCACGUCAGGCGCACAUCGGGGGAGUCCAAGAAGGACAAGGAAUCCGGCCUAUUUUCAUCGAUUUUCGGCGGUGGGAGGAAGAAGAACAGUGGAGAUGGCCAUCACAAGAAGAGCUCGUCGCGGACAUUGUCCCCUGACCCGCCCGUUCGCGAGCUACGGCCGGACGUCGAUUAUCCGUGGACACGAUUCUCGAUCCUCGAAGAGCGAGCCAUCUACCGAAUGGCUCAUAUCAAAUUGGCCAAUCCCCGACGAGCGCUCUAUUCUCAGGUCCUGCUCAGCAACUUCAUGUACUCUUACCUGGCCAAGGUUCAGCAGAUGCAUCCUCACAUGAUGACGGCGUCGUCAGCAUCGCAAAGACAGCAACAUUCGAGGGAUCAGAACGAGGAGUAUUCACAGUACCAGAGAUAUCAAGAAUCUCAGCAGGAACAAUACAGCGAUAGUUCCUACGAUGAUCCUCAGACGUACGAGUACGGUGACGAUCCACGCGAUGGUUACCGGCCCCAUUCAAGGGGCAGUAAGUACGAAAACGGGAAUGUAUAUGGUCCUGGGCAUCAUCAAUAUGGGCAUUCGACGUUUGGCGAUGACGUCCAGCUGGAUGACGAUGAUGACGAUAUGUGGUGA